AGCCAAUGGAGGCAUGUCUUGCAGUUGGGCAGGAAGGUGGGCCUCUGAGUGGCUGGUAUUGCUUGCAGCAGAGAAUCAUUCCUGUAUAGUGUGACCCAUCGCUGCUGCCUGUGUGCUGAGACAUACAGGAGCUGUCCAGCAGGCAGACCUCCUGCACCCAGCACAAUGUGACAGGCCAUGAGAGCUCAGGGGACAUCUCUACCACACAGCACACAGAGAUGGAGGAUGAUUUAUUCCAGCUAAGGCAUCUCCCUGUUGUCAAGUUCCGUCGAACUGGGGAAAGUUCCAGAUCGGAAGAGGAUAACAUCUCUGGGGAACAUGAGAUUCAGAUCGGACCAGUGCACACAGAUUUGGAAGCAGUGGAACUGGAAGAUGGAACCACAGUGCCAAAGGAAUUUGCAAACCCUACUGAUGAUACAUUUAUGGUGGAAGAUGCUGUGGAAGCUAUUGGCUUUGGGAAAUUCCAGUGGAAGCUCUCAGUCCUUACUGGACUGGCCUGGAUGGCAGAUGCAAUGGAAAUGAUGAUACUUAGCAUCCUGGCACCCCAGCUCCACUGUGAAUGGAGAUUACCCAGCUGGCAGGUGGCUUUGCUCACAUCGGUUGUGUUUAUUGGAAUGAUGUCCAGCUCAUCCCUCUGGGGCAACGUCUCAGACCAGUAUGGUAGGAAGACGGGUCUGAAGAUCAGUGUUUUCUGGACUUUAUACUAUGGGAUCCUCAGUGCAUUUGCACCAGUCUACAGCUGGAUUAUUGUGCUCAGAGGACUGGUUGGUUUUGGUAUUGGAGGUGUCCCUCAAUCAGUAACACUCUAUGCAGAGUUCCUACCCAUGAAAGCAAGAGCUAAGUGCAUCCUUCUGAUAGAGAUAUUCUGGGCAGUGGGCACCGUGUUUGAGGUCCUCCUGGCUAUCUUUGUGAUGCCCACUUUGGGAUGGCGUUGGCUUCUCAUACUCUCUGCCCUGCCACUUAUGCUCUUUUCCAUUUUGUGCUUUUGGUUGCCUGAGAGUGCCAGGUAUGAUGUCCUGUCCGGCAAUCAGGAGAAAGCACUUGCUACUUUGAAGCGUAUUGCAACUGAGAAUGGUGCUCCCAUGCCUUUAGGGAAACUCAUCUUAUCCAGGCAGGAGGAUCGAGGUAGAAUACGUGACCUUUUCUCACCCCAGUUCAGAUGUACAACUCUGUUGCUUUGGUUUAUAUGGUUUUCCAAUGCCUUUUCAUACUAUGGGCUGGUCCUAUUAACAACAGAGUUGUUCCAAGUUGGAGAUGUAUGCAGUAUUUCCAGUCGGAGGAAGGUGGUCAAGCCAAAAUGCAGUCUAUCCUGUGAAUAUUUAACUGUUGAAGAUUAUAAAGAUUUAUUAUGGACCACACUCUCCGAAUUCCCUGGCGUGUUGGUGACCUUAUGGAUCAUUGACCGACUAGGACGGAAGAAGACAAUGGCAAUUUGUUUCUUUGUUUUUUCGUUAUGCGCCCUUCUUCUAUUCCUUUGUGUUGGGAGGAAUGUUCUCACGGUUUUACUCUUCGUUGCAAGAGCCUUCAUUUCAGGUGGAUUCCAAGCUGCCUAUGUAUACACUCCAGAGGUUUAUCCAACAGCUACACGAGCACUAGGACUAGGGACGUGCAGUGGGAUGGCACGUGUAGGGGCAUUAAUUACACCCUUUAUUGCACAGGUGAUGCUUGAGUCAUCUAUAUAUCUCACAGUGUUGGUAUACAGUGGUUGUUGUAUACUAGCAGCACUGGCUUCUUGUUUCCUCCCCAUUGAAACCAAAGGCCGUGGUCUUCAGGAGUCCAGCCACAGAGAAUGGGGCCAGGAGAUGGUGGGAAGAGUAGCACACACAUCUGGAGUGACUCCUUCAAACUCUGGCUCCCAAGAGUGACUCCUCUCACAUUACCCAAUGCACAGACACAUGGAUAGCCUUUCAGUCUCUCAUCUACCAUCACAUGAAUUAAAGAGUGGACAACAAUGGAAAAUGUUCUACUUAAAAGAUCAACACUAUUCUACUGUAUGUCUGUUUAGAUCCUUGCAAUAGGGUUGAGAAUUGUGCUACAUCGAUGCCACAGUGAAAUACAUGUACCUUAUAAAACACCAAUGUAGAUUUAAAUUGGAAAAAAAAACAAGUUGUAUUUUUAGCACCAACGACAAAAGGAGAUGUCAAAGCAGGACGAGGCUUUGUGCCGGGAAAUGACUCAGUUACAUUUCCUCUAGAUACUGCUGACGUCUUUGAGUUCUGCACGUUAGGUACAGCGUAUCCAAGCUGCGAAUCAUGGAAUUCUGCUAGAUGCUGAGCAUUGCCUAAUGUAGCUCCGAAUAAAUUCAUUAGAGACCAAAACGAUCUGUGCAGUGCAGCCAACAAAGAUAUAUCGUGACCUCUCUCUGGUUGGUAUUUAUAGGCUAUUAGUUAUCACGGUAGGCUUACCUUUGGCAGCAUUUAAGGCCUACAUACAUAGAUCUACACUAGUUUGUCUUUUUAAUUAUCUGCAAAACAGUAAUCCUGCAAGCCCUAUGUUAAUAUAAAUGUAUGAUUUCUAUUUCAGUAUACAGUUGUAAAUGACAUGAAUUUGUUUUGUUCUACCCUUUUCCACUACUGAUGUGGGUCGCAGCCGGGAGCCUGACACGGGAGCUACUCGGCUGCGACCCACAUCAGAUUGUACCAUCUUGUUCCAGGCUUAGGCCAUCUGGCAUCAGCUCAUUGUCUUGUGCAAUAUAUUGAUAUAGUCCUCACUUGCUGCCAAUUUCUAAAAUCCUGCUUGAGAUGUACUUAGGUGUACAUUGAAUGUACUGAUUGGGAACCCAAGUAUGAAUAAUGAUAUGUUCCUAUUUUUAUGCACUUAUCACUGAUGGUUUGCCCAGCCAAUGAUCUGUGACAAGCAACACCUUCAGAUAAUGUAGAGUGUUUAGUGACUGUCUAUAGAUUCCCAUGCCUCUGCAGUACUCCGAUGUACAGGUUAAUGGAGCUAGACUAAUUACAUAGGUUUUUAAAUAACAAAGGAAACUGGACCAUACCAUUCCAUUUCCGGAUCAGCUUCAUACUAAUGGUCUUGCCCAGGUAAGCGGAGAACUGGGUAUGAAUCAUUGCUUGCCUCUGCUUGGCACUGUAUGUAUGAUGUUAUCAGAUGCAACAGAAAAGUGAAUGUUUGUGUGUUUGAAUGUACAGACUUUUGACGAAUGCAUUUCAGUGUUUAAACGUUUUGUUGUAAGAAGCUUGUUGUAUGAUCUCCUCUUUUGUCCACAAUGCCUUGUUGACUUUGAAUUUACUGUAAGUUGAAUAUUUUAUGUUGAAUAAAUUUUUUACAAUAACUAA